CGGGAUGGGGUGCACCGUGAGCGCCGAAGACAAGGCGGCAGCUGAGUGCUCCAAGAUGAUCGACAAGAACCUGCGGGAGGACGGCGAGAAGGCAGCACAGGGGGUGAACUUGCUUCUGUUAGGUGCUGGCAAGUCAGGAAAGAGCACCAUCGUCAAACAGAUGAAGAUCAUCCGUGAAGAUGGCUAUUCAGAGGAGGAGUGCCGGCAGUACCGGGCGGUUGUCUACAGCAACACCAUCCAGUCCAUCAUGGCCACUGUCAAGGCUAUGAGCAACCUGCAGAUUGACUUUGCUGACCCUCACCGUGCGGAUGACGCCAGGCAGCUGUUUGCACGGUCUUACACUGCUGAGGAGCAAGGCAUGCUUCCUGAGGGCCUUUCCAGAAUUAUCCGGAGGCUCUGGGCUGACCAUGGUGUGCAGGUCUGCUUCAGCUGCUCAAGAGAAUACCAGCUCAACGAUUCAGCUGCCUACUACCUGAAUGACCUGGAGUGGAUUGCACGGAGUGACUACAUGCCUACACAGCAGGAUGUGCUGCAGACCUGUGUGAAGACCACGGGUAUUGUGGAAACACACUUUACCUUCAAGGACCUACACUUCAAGAUGUUUGACAUGGGUGGUCAGCGGUCUGAGCGAAAGAAGUGGAUCCAUUGCUUUGAGGGCAUCACAGCCAUCCUCUUCUGUGUAGCUUUGAGCACUUACGACUUGGUGCUAGCUGAGGAUGAGGAGAUGAACCGCAUGCAUGAGAGCAUGAAGCUGUUUGACAGCAUCUGUAACAACAAAUGGCUCAUGGACAUGCCCAUCAUCCUCUUCCUCAACAAGAAGGACCUGUUUGAGGAAAAGAUCACACACAGCCCACUGACCAUCUGCUUCCCAGAGUACAAAGGAGCCAACAAGUAUGAUGAGGCAGCCAGCUACAUCCAGAGUAAGUUUGAGGACCUGAAUAAACACAAAGACACCGAGGAGAUCUACACACACUUUACGUGUGCCACCGACAUGAAGAACGUGCAGUUUGUGUUUGAUGCCGUCACCGAUGUCAUCAUGAAGAACAACCUGAAGGACUGCGGCCUCCUCUGAGGGGGAGUGGGCCUGGCAGGAUGGGCCACUGCUGACUACUCCGCCAGCCCCUGAGGAAGAUGGGGCCAAGAAGACCACGCUCCCUGCCUGUCCCCCUGGCCGCUUCUCCCCUCUGUCCUCUUUGUUCUCAGCUUUCCUGGUCCUUUCCUCAGCUUCAGACUCAGGGGAGGGGUGGCCACAAGCCUCAGUUUGAAGCCUGCCUCUAUCAGAGUGCCAGGAGUAGCCAUGGUGCCUCUUCCUGGGCAUCUGUUCUAGUUUUUUGAUCGUUGUCUUAUUCUGUGUGGGGGGGGGAGCACAUGCUGAGUCUCCAAGGCCUGUGUCUGGAGGGGCACCCACUUCUCCAGCCUGGACCCCUGGCUUUGCCCAGCACCAGCCCUGACCCAGCCCAAGUCCAAAUGUUUACAGGGAGCCUCCUGCCCUUCCUGCCCCCACUACCACUCAGAGGCCCCAAAGGAAAAAGCACAAGAAGUAUGAGACACCACCAUUCCAGGAGACCACAAGUCCACCUGCUCAUUCUCAUAGCUUUUUAUAAAAAUGAAAGUAAAGG